CGACUUUCUCCUCAUCUCACUUGUGAUUUUCUUGCUUUGCUAAUAGGUUAUUCGCUCGAGUUGAACUUGACUUUGUUGUGCAUAAUUUGACCUUUCCAGGUUGAGAUUAUCUUUCUUCCAUUUAGCUUAAAUUCCCGAAGACCUCCACGAGACUGAUAAUUACUUUACGAACACACGCUGUCCACUUCCAGUUCAUACACACAGAACCUUCUUCAAAUCCACCCACAAGACAAUUUUCCUUUUAGUACAAAGAAAGAGUGAAGUUUCAUUUCUUUGGGUAGAUUUUCGAUUUUUGUUGUUAAUUUAUUAUUUUUAGAGUAUAAAUAAAGAAAAAUGCCAAUGAAGGAUGAAACGACGCCACCGCCGAGGAUCGGCAAGAUAGGGCCGUACACUGUGUUCGUGACACCUCCGGUGACACCUAAUUUCAGCCCAGAACUGAAUUCUCCAAUUAAAAUCGCCCAGGUUCCGGUUCCGGUUCCGGUUCAGGUUCAGGACCGUAUACCGGUUGGAAAACCACCGGUUCAAGCUCCGCCGCCGCAGUUUGAUAAAGAGAGGUCUUCUUCUUUUGGCUUCCUCUGGGACGCCGUUGUCAAGAUCCAAAAUGCACAUGCGAGUUUGGAUGAGCACAUAGCGCAUUGGUUUGGCUUAAAUCAGUCGAAGUAUCAGUGGGCACUGGAUGAUUACUAUGCUACCAAUGGAAAGAAUCAAACAGGCUCAAAAGCCUGAAGGUGAACCCGUAAAAAUACAAAAUGUGUAACAUUAUCGAGGAGUUGCAGGGUUUCUCUCGAGCAUGGACACCUGCAAAACCUCGAUUCUAAUAUCCAAAUUUCAACUAAUGCAUAAAGUAACGUCUUCUUGAAAUGUACUGGUCUUCAUUUUUAGCUGCUAAAAUGCAACAGUUAAACAUGUUGUAUUAAAUUCUGCGAGUCCUGUAAUCUUAACGUCAUCCUGGUUAUAGGUUUCUUUGAAUAUCCUUUGCCGUUACCUUUGUAUUGAACUAUAAAUAUUGCCUCAUUGUCUGUAAUAUUAAUAUUGAAGUUGAUAGGACCCUGGGAUAAUUUCACUUCA